AUGAAGACCUACGGCGAGGGUGUCAUCUCUUACGACACAUGCAAAGUUUGGUUCGCUAAAUUCAAAAAGGUAGAUUUUACUUUCGAAGAUGAUCCAAGGUCGGGUCGGCCGAGGAAGUUAGAUUUGGAUGUUUUGCGUUCCACGGUGGAGGAGGGCCCGUACCUNACCUCUAGGAAAUUAGGGGCCAGGCUUGGCUUCGCUUUUGAAACUAUUGCAAUUGGAGUGGAAAAGCUCGGCAAGACAUCAAAGCUUGGUCGAUGGGUCCCACUUAAAUUGUCCUAUUAUGACCUCUCGAGGAGGGUUAUCACCUGCACUUCUCUCCUCACUCUCCAAAAGAAGCGUCACUUUCUGAACUCGCUGAUUACUGGAGAUGAGAAAUGGGUCUCUACGAUAACCUUGUGA